AUGUUGGGACUUGUAGAGUUCAGCGUGACGUCGACGAUUGACCUGUUGUUGUAUGUGGCACUGGCCAUUGUCAUCACGCUGAUCGUGGUCGUGAUCUACUUUGCGCACCAGUACUUGUACUACAAGAACCACGGCAGUCCAGCACACGCUGACUACGAAGAACUGCGAGACCUGGACGGAAACAUUGUGCAGCAAGCCAAUACAAUCUGCUCGAAUGGGCCAGGCAUUCGAAUGGACGAAGCUCCGACACGCCCCAAGCUCCAACUCCUGCGCGCGGCCAGCUCACCCACAAACGAAGACGUCCCGACAGGUCGCGCUGGUGCGAUGCUUCAGCGAAGCGAGUCAAAUCCAGGCCCCCACUCGUCACCGCAUCUGGUCGCAUUAACUUCAGAUGAACCGUCGCCGUGUCACCCCCACAGUAGCCGCACAUCCAGCAACCGUACCAAGGACAGCGAGGGGGCGCUAGCACCGGGCAAGGCUUCCUCCGCUCACACCAUCGUGUAGUGCAAGGUAAUGUUAAUGGUACGAAGUGGGAGGUAGCGCA